GCUCUCUGUUCUUGGGGGAUUACAAGAUCUGUCUCCCACACACCCAAUCCUUAGCCCAACUGUUAUUUCUUCCUCUGCUUCGAUUCUUCAGCCAAAGAAACAUUUUCUCUCUGUAAAUAUAGCUCCAAAAACCAAUCCCAGAACCAAAAGAAGAAAGAACCAGAUGAAGAGGGUGUGCCAAGUGCCGGCGGAGGGUUUAUCUUCUGAUGUUUGGUCUUGGAGAAAAUAUGGGCAAAAACCCAUCAAAGGCUCCCCAUACCCAAGGGGAUAUUACAGAUGCAGCACAUCAAAGGGGUGUUUGGCAAGAAAACAAGUGGAGCGGAACAGAUCCGACCCGAAUAUGUUCAUCGUGACCUACACGGCGGAGCACAGCCACCCGAUGCCCACCCACCGGAAUUCGCUCGCCGGGAGCACCCGACAGAAGCCGACGACGACGACCCAUCAGCCGGAAACCUCCGGGGAGGGAAACAAACUAGGCAACUCGUCGCCGGCGCCGGAUAAGCAAGAAAGCAGCAGGGACGAAGACAAGGAGGACAUCUGCGACGACGAGGAGGACGGCGCGUCCAAUCCGGAGUUGGACGUGGCGGCGGCGGCUCCGGCGGACGACGACUUCUUCGAGGGCCUGGAAGAUCUCGUCGGGGAUUGCUUCCCUUCUAAUUUGCCGGCCUCCGGCGUUCAAUUCCCCUGGCUGGGGAGCACUGCGGCGACCACCGCCGCCGGCGGCAGUUGACCGUCGGGAAAGCCAGAAAACGGGGAAAGAAACGGUGGAUGCUUUUCUUGCUCGUCACUUCUCUCUCGAACUUUUGGUUUUUGGCCGUUAGAGAUGGGGAAAAACUCCAAAGUAGUAAUCUGAGCACAAGAAUCUGUCUAGUCUAGGGAGAAUUUCACCUAAAUUAGAGCCAUAUGUUAGUCUUUA